GAGAGAAGGGGAUGCGCCGCCGCUGCGGCGACGCUGCCAAACGCCCGAAGGAAGCGCGGAAAUGUCGUCGUGUCAGCUCGAGUCGCUGGAGAAGUCUCUGGAGUCCCACCUGCCGCAGGGUGAACUCGCCGAGGUGCGACGCAUCCUAUUCGGAAAGGAAACGAAGACGUUGGACCUCCCGGCGUGUGCCGUGGACGCUGCCUCCGAACAUGACUUUGAGCUGAAGGGUUACAGGUUUGAGGCUGCACAGGAACAGCUGAGGCCGCCCAGGAGGGUCCGGGUGGGACUCAUACAGCACCGCAUUGUUCUGCCCACCGACGCCCCCAUCCACGACCAGAUCACUGCCAUGCAUAGCCGGGUUGGUGAACUGGUCGAGGUAGCAGCCAUGUGCGGCGUAAACAUCGUCUGCUUUCAGGAGACCUGGACCAUGCCUUUUGCUUUCUGCACCCGAGAGAAAGAACCAUGGACGGAGUUUGCAGAGUCUGCUGAAGAGGGGAACACCACACGCCUCUGCCAAGAGCUGGCCAGAAAAUACAACAUGGUAGUUGUUUCCCCAAUUCUGGAGCGAGAAGAGCUGCACGACACUCUGUGGAACACAGCAGUGGUUAUCUCCAACUCUGGAAACGUGCUGGGAAAGAGCAGGAAGAACCAUAUUCCCCGGAUCGGAGACUUCAAUGAGUCUACAUAUUAUAUGGAGGGCGACACUGGCCACACAGUGUUCCAGACACAGUUUGGGAAGAUAGCUGUGAAUAUCUGCUACGGGCGCCAUCACCCUCUCAACUGGUUCAUGUACAGUAUGAAUGGAGCUGAGAUCAUCUUCAACCCCUCAGCUACUGUCGGAGCCCUCAGUGAGCCCAUGUGGCCUAUAGAGGCCAGGAAUGCAGCAAUAGCGAACCACUGUUUCACUUGUGCGAUCAACCGUGUUGGGACGGAGCAUUUCAAAAGUGAAUUCACAUCCGGUGAUGGAAAGAAAGCUCACCAUGACUUUGGACACUUCUACGGAUCCAGUUAUGUGGCUGCUCCUGAUGGCAGCCGCACCCCGGGGCUCUCUAGAACCCGUGACGGACUACUAGUGGUAGAAAUAGAUCUCAACCUGAACAGACAAAUCAGUGACAAAUGGAGUUUUAAGAUGACUGGGAGGUAUGCUGAGUAUGUGGAGGAACUUGCCAAGGCUGUUAGACAUGACUUUAAACCCAACAUAGUUAAGGAGUAGAAGACAUUCCACAAAUGUGCUCUACAUUUACUGUAUUUCAGUAUGAUACCCACUAAGUUCAGUUAUGUUUUCAUAACUCACAUUCACAGUUUGUGUUUAUCGUUCUGUCAUACCAAAAAUCUGUCAAGAUUUUCUGUCAUACCAAAAUCUUGUCAGCGUUUAAAUUCAUAGAAACUAAAUUCAAAAUCACAACCAGGGCCCUGUUCUUCAUUUGAGGAUAACAGAGUUAGCUUGAUUUCAUUGUUGAUCAUUUGAGAGACCAGAAUUCUUUAGCUCUGUGCAACUGGCUUACAAUUUAUCUCAAGUUGUUGUCAGAGCAUUAAGUUCAUAAAGUGAGACCACGUAAAUUCUGCUGAACAGUGGCUGUUCAGCAGAAUUUACAACUACAAUUACGGGAUCAUGCUAAAUGCUAAGACUAUUUGUAACAAUAGCACAAUAGUCACAAAGUCAGUGAAGUGACUUAGUAAUGUCAGUUACACAGCUAAGCUAGUUAGCUCUGUUGCAUGUAUUAGGGUGGAGGGGGGGUUAAUUCCUCACUUUACAAAUUUACUAAGGGAUACUAUGAGCACAAGAGAUAAGGAAAAAAGUUCUGUUAUCUGACCAAUGAAAACACACCAUUUUAUUAUGAGUUUGAUAGGGAU